GGCAAUAUGUCACCUCUAUUGGAAGCCAUCGUCAAAAGGACUCGUGUCUUAACGAAGAUCCCCGAUUUGCAACAAGCAACUGUUUCUUCGAGUGAAGAUGGGGACUUCAUCAAGCUGCAAACAAUGUGGUCCCAAAGUUUGGUGGAGACUGCAGAAUCAGUUAAGUUUGAAAGAACGUUCGUUCUGGACGCGGCCACAUUGAAGCCAGUGUAUGAGUUGCCACCCCACCCAAUCGGGCAAGACAAUGUCGUCUGCUAUUCACCGUCUCAGAAACGGAAAGCCGUCUUCCGGAAGAAGGGUGGCGACGGAAAGAAGGACCAGUGGCUGUUGGACAUUUGGUCGGACAACCAUCUGUCGCACGUGUUCGACCUCGCCGCCAUGGACAAGCACGGCCCGAUCUGCGCCAGCGGCGACUUCAGCUCGUUCCAGUGGAGUCCGGACGAGAAUCAGCUGCUGUACGUGGCGGAGAGGCGGCGGCCGCCGGCGACGUCCUUCUUCGACGACAACGCUAAGGCGGGCGCGGAGAGAGGCGCCGAGAGCCGCUGGUACGAGGACUGGGGCGAGCAGCUCACUGGCCAGCACUGGCCCGUCGUGGUCGUACUGGACGUGCGCUCGGCGGCGCUCAGCGUGCUUGCGCCGGAUGAUGACGUGUCGCUGGGUCAGGCGCGCUGGCGCUGCUACCAGGGCGCCAUCACCGUGGUCGCCGUCGCCUGGGAGAACACGCCGCGCCGGCUGGGCCUCAUCUACUGCACCAACCGGGCGUCGCACGUGCGUGAGCUGUCGCUGUCGGGCGGCGUGGGAAGGCGCCUGAGCGGCGACGGGGCGCUGUCGUGCCGCUCACCACGCGUCUCGCCAGACGGCAGCACCGUGCUCUGGCUGGAGUCGGCCGCCGGCGGGCCGCACCACGCCGGCGCGCGCCUUAUGCGGCGCCACCUGGAUGGCGGCCCCAGCUCGGUGGUGCUUGACCUGGUGGACGUGCCGAAGGACGGCUACGCCGGCCUCUAUCUGCAGCGGCUGCCGACCGACUGCUGGCUCUCCGACCGGCAGGUGUGCCUGUCGACGCCGUGCGGCGUGCACCAGCGCACCAUCACCGUCAACGUGUGCACGGGUGAGCUGCGCCACCACGACAGCACCGACGUAACGGUGCUGCACGCGUGCGAGCGUCUGGUCGCCGGCGUGCGCUCGUCGCUGCUGCGGCCGCCGCAGCUGGUGGUGCGCCGGCCCGGUGACGCGACCUUCACGCCGCUCACCGAGAGCCGGCCGGCGUCAGACGCUACCGUGCGCGCGCUCAUCUUCAACCGCGAGGAGCCGGCCGACCUGGCGACCGUGCCGUACACUGGUCUGCUGGUGACGCCGGCCGGCGGCGGCCCGCCCGCGCCGCUCAUCGUCUUCCCGCACGGCGGGCCGCACACGGUCAUCACCGACUCGUGGUCGGCGCACGUGGCGCUGUUCAGCCAGCUGGGCCUGGCCGUGUUGAUGGUCAACUACCGCGGCUCGGCUGGUGCCGGCGAGCGCAUGCUGCACGCGCUGCCCGGCCGCAUCGGCGCGCUGGACGUGGGAGACUGCGUGCACGCGGCGCAGCACGUGCUUCAGCUGGAGCCCGGUCUGGACGCCGAGCGCGUCGGCGCCUACGGUGGCUCUCACGGCGGCUUCCUGGUGACGCACCUCAGCGGCCAGCACCCAGGCCUGGUGAAGGCGGUGGCGGCGCGCAACCCCGUCUGCGACGUGGCCGCCAUGAUGGAGGGCACCGAUAUCUCCGACUGGAACUACGUGGAGUCGGGCGCUGCGUACGAGCCGACGCCGACACCGGCGCGCCUCGCCGCCAUGCUCGAGCACUCGCCCAUGAGCCACGUGGCGACGGUGCGCGCGCCCACGCUCCUGCUGCUGGGCUCGGCCGACCGGCGCGUCGUGCCGUACCAGGCACUGCACUACCACCACGCGCUGCGUGCGCGCGGCGUGCCGACCGAGGUGCGCAUGUACGACGACUGCCACCCGUUGGCCAAGCCGGGCGUCAACGGCGACGUGAUGGUGCACGCGGCCGUCUGGCUCUGCGAGAAGCUGGGCCACACGCCGGUGGUGUAGACCGGUGGAGGCGCGCGCUCCUGCGCAGCUCUGGCCGAGCCGUGGGGUUACCACGUGACGCGGGGGUGAGCGUCUGGCCCGUCGCGCGUGCAGGGCGGUCGAACGCCCCCGCGUGGGAACAGUUACAUGACUCGUCCAACUGGUAGUCCGGUGUGAGCCCGAUAGGUCACAGUUGCUUGGCGCGGCGCCAGCGUCUGUGAAGCCAGCGCCUCCGCCGCGUGAGCGUGCUACCGUUGUAUUUGAUACAUGCCGGCCGAAGAGUUUUGAUAUUAAUGAUGUUUUGUAUUGUCACAAAGCAAGUGUGAAACGUUGGACAGGUCUUUUUGUUUAGAGGUGGCAUUUGCUCUGGAGUUUGCAAUUUGCUCGGAAACGAUCGCUUGAAGUCACAGAAUGCGGGGAGGCAGGUGAGGGCUUACCGUGACUGACUUCCAAGCGCACAUCAGGGACAUGUGCCAUCUUGCAGUGCUGUUUUGGAGCUGGUAGUUGAAGAUUAUGGGCUGCGGUAGUCUGUUGCUGCGCCGGCUGAGAGCGCUGAAUCUCAGCUUGCUUGGAAUAAUCGCGUUGCUGAGUCUUUGAGGUCGCAUCUGCUACUGCAGGCAUGCUGCCACGGUGUUUAUUUUGAUUUGUGUUGCUUUUUGUGUCGGAUUUCUGUCUGUUUGGUCAACACGAAGCAAGGUCUUGUACCGGA